AUGCGGAACCCUCGCCGGUCCAAUUCACCGGCAUCCUCGACAGCGGGUAGCGACUCUCGUCUGACCCAGUGCCCACCUGUAUCCUGCUUCGCCCCCUCCCCUCUCUUCGACCCACUCCGCUCCGCCUCAUUCUCAGCUCUCCCUUGCACUCACAAACUCUGCCGCGCUAUGGCGCUACAAGAUGACUCCGCCUGCGCCGCCCGCGACUGCUUCUACCAUUACCACUACGGCGAUGACACUGACACCCUUGGAUUCAUGGGAUCUGAAACCUUCACUUUCGGCUCCACCAAAAAAGUCUCCAUCCCCAGUAUUGGCUUUGGGUGCGGGUUGUACAAUGCCGGUGACAUCCAGAACUCAUCUGGUGUUAUCGGGUUCGGGCGCGGACCAAUUUCGUUGAUAUCCCAACUGGGUGUAGGCACAUUCUCCUACUGCUUUACUGACUUCCUCGACGACGAUCCAAAGACGAGCCCACUCUUCUUCGGGACGCUGGCGAGGCUGACAGGUCCUCAUAUCCGAACAACGCGUCUCAUCAGGCUUGCCCAAUCGAUGCAGCCAUACUCAAGCUACUACCAUGUUUCGCUCAAAGCAAUUACAGUAGGAGGUUCUUUGUUAUCUAUUCCGCCCGAAGUUUUUCAAGUAAAUAAGGACGGUAGCGAGCACCUCUCAAACGCUGGACACGAAGGGGACAAACUUGUUUCGCCGCUGAAGCGCCGACCGGGCCAGCCAUCAAACAUUAGCAGUGGUAUAACCGAAGCACGGCAUCAAAAGUAUGUGUACGCAGACCCACCUAUGGAUUGGGGGGGAAUAAGAACUUCCGUGCUGAGCCAGGCAAACCGCCGGAUACACGACCUCCACAGGAAGAGCCUCGAAAGAGUGAGUGGGAAUUACGCACCUCUUUAUCCAUAACAUGAGGUACCCCGCG